UAUUUCUGAGUGGAAUUAUUCAGAAUUUCAUUUAUUGUUAAAACUGAAUAUAAUACUAAACAUCAGCUUUUAGCAGUAGUGGACAAAGGGUUCAGAACUUCAGUAAAAUUGGCUAUGUCACAUUGUAAAAAAACAAGUUACAUGCUUACGUCCUGUCAUGUAAUGAUUUGUAAGUAAAAGCACAUGAACAUUACUAGCAAAAAGUAUCAAAGGUAAGUAUUCAACAUAGAAUAGAAUAAGCUCAUUGUUGUUAAAUCUACAAGCAGAAUUUUUAAAAGUAGCCUGACUGUCCAAAUCUUUUGAAUUGUAUGAAGAUGGAGUAUCAAGUCACAUUAAAUGGAAAUAUUUUGGGAGGUAGUCUAAGUAAGUGCUUUAGAUUUGUACUAAGGUGAAUGUACUCAGAUGCAUUCCAUCACUGUUUUGUAGAAGCACAUCAUCCCCCAUCAUUUUAUGAACAACGCUGUGGGAAUAACUGUUAAACUAUGUCUAAACACGGAAAUAUUGUACUGCUUUGUUUCUGGCACAAUCCACAAGGUGACUUUUCUUAUGUUUAAACAAUACGUUAAAUUAUGCCUUCACAUAGACAAUUGUUCGGCGUCAUUUCAUUAGACAAGACUGAACACUUUGAGCUGGUACACAGUUUUCCCUCUUUAUGUGCACGGUUCGAAUCCAAGUCUUGUAUAACUUGCAUAAAGCCAGACGGCUUUACGGUGACGGCUGCUCUGUUGUCAGUCAAUGUAAGGAUGGUUCUGAGAUGAACUGUCGAGUGUGUCGCAAGGCCGGUUUCGGGAGGCAGAGUGCAGCAGCGGCUGCAGCUUUAAGCACAUUGUUUGGGAUGGGCUGAAAUCAUAACGUCAUUUCAGUUCUCUUUCUUUUAUUCUUCGCCCGCUCACCUUUUCUUUCUCAAAAUAACACAGUCCCCCAUGUUCCCUUACACCUCCGGCUAUAUUCUCCGAAGAAUGAUUAUUGCGAACUCUGUUUUUCAUCCUGUGGGGCAUUUUUCUGGGGCAUAAACUUUUCCAGAGUGUCAUCGUUUCUGGUGUUAACGCGGCAGUCAUCCGAGGCGAACAGCGGAUAAGUGGAUUCUUCGAAAAGCCUCUGUUUAACAGCCCAGGAAAUGCCGCAGUUGCUCGAACUCCGAAGUGCCGCUGUUGAACUGAGUCAGCGGGGAAGAGCAUGUUGAAAUCCGUAAAAAGAAGUGACGACGCCGUGGGAAAGGAAAUUCUCAACUCAGGAAUAUUAACGCAAAUCCCGGUUUAAUUCAGCUCCUUCCCAUCAAAAUGAUGUUAUCUUCACUCUCUCUGUCUCAGGAUGAGUUCCAUCCGUUCAUUGAGGCUCUGCUGCCCCAGGUCCGUGCCUUUGCUUACACAUGGUUCAAUCUCCAAGCCAGGAAAAGGAAGUACUUCAAAAAACAUGAAAAGAGGAUGACUAAAGAAGAAGAAAGAACUGUCAAAGAUGAACUGCUAGGAGAGAAGGCAGAGGUGAAACAGAAAUGGGCCAGCCGUCUUUUGGCAAAGCUAAGAAAGGACAUUCGACCUGAAUGUAGAGAGGACUUUGUCUUGUCAAUCACUGGGAAGAAAGCUGCAUGUUGUGUCUUGUCAAACCCUGACCAGAAAGGCAAAAUGAGACGCAUAGACUGUCUACGACAAGCUGACAAGGUGUGGAGACUGGACCUGGUGAUGGUUAUCCUUUUUAAAGGGAUCCCACUGGAAAGCACAGAUGGAGAGCGGCUGGUGAAAGGAGGCCAGUGCUCCAAUCCAGUCCUCUGUGUCCAGCCUCGACAUAUCUCUGUCUCUGUCAAAGAGCUCGACCUCUACCUCGCUUUCUAUGUGCAAGAGAGAGAGACAGAGGACAGCAGCAGUCCCAGUCGUACAGGAAUGGGUUCUGAUCAGGAGGACAGUCGAACUGCCACCAUGGUGUGCAAAUGCUGUUAUGUUUCUACAGAUGGUCCAGAGUUCCAGGAGAGUUUUGUCACAUCAGGAGUUUUCAGUGUUACUGAGCUGGUCCAAGUCUCAAGAACUCCAGUAGUAACAGGAGUAGGACCUGGUUUCUCAAUGGGGGAGAUCCAGGGUCAUCUGGCCUAUGACCUCAACCAGUCUGUCAACCAGUCUGUCAACCAGUCUGUCGACCAACCUGUCAGCCUCAGACGAUCGGUGGCCAGCACCUCAUCCAGCGGGAGUAAGCGUCAUAAAUCUGGCUCUAUGGAGGAGGAUGCUGACAGUCCAGGAGGGGAGUAUUACCAUUCACCUUCAUCUCCUGCCAGCAGCUCUAGAAACUGGGCUGAUGACAUGGAAGGAGGUCUGUCUCCUCCGGUAAAGAAAACAGAGCUGGAUAGUCCCUCUGCCCAGGAAGAUUCACCAAGAAUGGGCUCCUUUACUCAACACCACCGGCCAGUCAUCGCUGUUCACAGUGGUCUGUCUCGGGGUCCCCAUCCUUCUUCAUCUCUUCACUUCCCAUCCUCCUCCUACUUUCCCCAUGGAGCAAUCCGCUAUCCUCCUCACCUGGCCCAGGACCCCCUAAAAGAUCUGGUCUCAUUAGCCUGCGACCCUGCUAAUCAAGCCCCUAGCUCGUUGAAUGGCAGUAACCAGGUUAAGGUGCCCAGUCACUACAUCUCCUCUCAGAUGUUGGCACCCCCCGGACCAGCACCAUCCCUGGCUGCUCCCCCAUCAUCCCUCCCUAGGCCAACACUUCCUACAGAGUCAAAGGCCACUACCACCUCCUCUGAUAGGGCAACAAACUCCCCCACCUCACCCAUUGUUUCUUUUCAGAUGCAGUGCAGCUGGCAUACUACACCGUACAGCCAUAGCAUACUCUUCCCCUGGGACUCCCCCUGCCAGUCGAUCCUCCUUCGUUGGAGUCACCCCUCGAGACCCAGAUGGACUCUAUCAAGCCCAGUCUUGGUAUCUGGGCAACUGAGAGAACUCUGGAGGAAAGGUGAUUGUCAUGGCAGUGCUGUCCUGGAGGAAAGGAGAAAAUGUUGUGAAGACAUUGCAAGAGGAAACAUAUAUUCAGCUUUGUAGAAACAUAAUGCAUGGUCAUACAUAUAUAUAAAUAUAUAUUGUAGUAUAUUUAUAUAUGUGUUUGUAGCCAGAAGAGACCGCCUGGAUGGAAGACAGGUGCUGCUCUUAUUCAGCCAUUUUACAGCUCCAGAAUGAGCUAUACCAUAUGAUGCUACAUGGCUGUCAGAAAUGGUCAUUGACCUAAGUUGUGAUUUUCAAGUAUUAGCAGUGGAUUGUUGCAGAAGUCUGGUUGGUCCAGAUGAACUACAACCCGGACCGGCCAUCAGCAUAUUGCAUCCCAAGAAGCCUGUCGCCAGGAAGGGCUUGUUUCCUUGGGAUGGAUGUCAGCCUUUACCCCUGUACCUUUGGUCUCUACACUAAAUCCAAUACAAUGCCUAUAUAAACCUCACCCCCCUGUUAACACCCAGAAUGCCCCUUUCCGCUGCAGGUGCUGCUUUUAAUAUAUGCAAGUAAGCCUCCCGUAUUUUUUGAGAGAUCCUGUUAAUAUCUAAUGUUUCUUUGCACUUUUUAACUGUUAUUGAUAUGUCUGAAAAAAUACUGGCUGGAACAGCACUGUUUUUUGUCUCUUCCCACCAAAAGACAGAAGCUUUGUCUUUUUUAUUGACAAUCAUCCGCCUGAUCCCAUUGAGUUGCUUUGCGAGGCUCAUGUUUUUUAGACUGUUUAAUUGUGCUUUUUACCCCCAAAAACACAAGUAAGUGGAAUAUAAUGGCUAUAUUCAUGCCUCCUCCAACACAGCAUGCAGCGCUAAUGUUAGAUACUAUUACAGAGCCAGGCCCAGUUUAACUUCUACUGGGUUGGGGUUCCUGACAGGGCCAUGACGUCAAUUUUUCAAAUGGCCAAAGGUGUACUAUUUUGAGUUGCACCUGCCACAAGGAAACAACACAAUAGUAACACAGUAGAACUGAGAAAAGGCAAGGACAUACAGAAUGAAAAUCAUAUGACAGUGCAGCCAGCCGCACGCUGGCUGCUGAAAGCACUGUGUUGUGAAACUGAGGCCAAGUGUGGUGUGGUACAUUCAUAUUUGCUUGUUACAGCUGCUAUUAUCAAUUGAUUAGUUGUCAACUAUUAAAUUAAUCACCAGAUGUUGUGAUAAUAUAUUAAUCACUCAGUAAUUUUAAGGUAAAACUCUCUAAAUUUUCUGAUUGCUCCUUAAAUGUGAAUAUUUUUAGUUUUUUCCUCUAUCAGAGUAAACUAAAUAUCUUUCAGCUUUGGACAAAGCAAGACAUUUGUCGUCUUCAGGUUGGAGAGGCACUAAUAAAUAUUUUUCACCAUUUACUGAUCUUUUACAGCCCAAACCAAUAAUUGAUACAUUUAGAAAAUAAUUAACAAAAUAACCGAGGAUGAAAAUAAUGGUUAGUAGCAGCCCUAACGUCUGUGCUUGUAUGUGUUUGUGUGUAUGUGCAGGUGGGUGCCCGUGUGCGUGUCAAAAUGUGAAUAUGUAUAUCCACAUACUCUGUUUCAAGGAGAUGUUGUGCAGAUUUUGUUUGUGUCUGAGAGAACCCAGUGACAGGAUUUGUACUUGUAUGUAGGUUGAUUAGAAAGAGAUGAUAAAGGCACUAUGCUAUGUUUAAGUUAAAAUUCCUUCCUUUUUGGUGUAGUGAUGGGACACGUUAGGUUUGUAGAGUCUAUUUUUUUUCUUGAAAUUGUUCAGCAGGUCAUGUGCAUACUGAUUUGAACUGAGCGGAAAAUUCAGGUGUCUUGUCCAGCUCUAGAAUGUGUGAUGUUCCCUGACAGGUUCUGUAGUGUGUCCCAGAGAAAAACCUUACUGCUCAAAGCUUGGUCUUUUAUAUCUUGGGAGGCAAAAUUAUAGCUCUUAUUUCAGCCUUGUUUUAGUUGUGAUUUUGUCUGACAUGUGCCUCUUAUUUUUAUCCUAAAAAUCACGAAGAGGAAUAUAUAUAUGUGUGCGUGUGCGUGUGCGUGUGUGUGUGCGUGUGCGUGUGUGUGUGUAUUUGAAAAUAGGUUUGAAAUAAUUUUGACAAAACAAGACCUUCUCAGUAUAACUCAGUACAGUUGUUGUUUUAUACUUGCUUUAAAAAAAAGAAGCUCAUAUAUAGCUGAUAUGUAGCUUAAUUGAGAAAAAAAUGGAGCCACUAGAGGUUGAGAAGGAAUGUUUUUUAGGUCUCAUAUUUGACUCACUCUUGUUGCUAGUUGUCCUCCUCCUAUCUCAUGUAUUUCUUGUGAUUUUUUUUUUUUGUGAAUUUCACAGGAAAAAUAUGAGAAACAUAUCAGACAAAAUCAAAACUAAAAAAUGGCUGAAAUGAGAAUAACAAUUUUUUCUCCCGAGCUAUAGUCGAGUAAGCUGUAAGCAGUAAGGAUUUCCUCCGAGGUAGCUCAACCCCAGCUCAACUUCAGUAUGGUUUGGAGUUGAGGCUAGGCGAGACAGACAGUUGAAUGAAAGAUUGGCUUAGGCCAAAACUUGAUAAUUUACCACAGCUAGACAAAAAUUAAGCAUUCACAACUAGCUGGGAAGUUGUUAAAUCAGUUGUUUUUGUGUCCAACAUUGAUGCAACGUUUUGCAUCAUUACUGUGCUGUUUGUGUUCUAAGCAAUACUUUGUUGUAGGUGGUUUUUUCCAGCUUUUGUUUCUCAAUAAUCUUUUGAAUGACAUGUAUGAUCUUAAAAUCUGACAUGCUCUAUUUAAACAUUGGGUAAAAUCUUCUGAAAUUUUUAACAUGAUUAGAAUUUAAUUAAAUCUAAGCAUGAAUUUCUCUCUCUGGUAAAACAUCUCAAAACCACGUUCAUUGUGGUAACAGGAAGUGAGUUUCUGAAAAAAGAUUCAUAACAGAAUCAGAUGAUUAAAAAUAUCUAUUGAUAUUUGCAAUGUAAAAUUCAAUGCAAACUAAUAGCACAUGUGCAGCAUGGUCUUUUGAUAUAUUUUAUACCAUCUCAUCUCCUGCUGUUGAGAUGAAAACACUAAAUAUAAGUGAGAUUUUUAAGGAAUUAUAUUUUAUAAUCCAUACCAUAAUUUAUCUCUAAGGUUUUGCAAAUAUAAAGCAGACUAUUGACAUUUGUUGCUUGUUGAUGUAAAUCACCUAAAGGACUGGUGUUGCUGAGUUCACCCAUCAGAUUAAAUGCCAAGUAAAUUUUGGAAUAACUUAAUCACAGGAAAUUGUCUGCUGGAGUGUAUCUGCAGUCUGUGGAUGUUACUCCAUAAUUUCUUUACUUGUGUUCCAUAUACAUAAAGGAGACAAGUUAAGACAUUGUUCUUUAACGUGCUAACUGGCUGUUUUCAUUACUCCACAAAUGUUUUCUGUCUGCCCGGAAAAUCUAAUGUCCUUAAAGGGAGGAAACAGAGGUUUAAAAGAUGCACAGUAUAGCUUCAGAUCUCAGGCUCUUUGAUUCAAUAUGAAAUUCAAAAUCGUAAGAGCCAAAUCUUUAAAGCUUGGAUUUUUUUGGUUUACAUCAAGACAAACCCCUUGGUCAUGAAACAGCAAGUCAAGAAUGCUCUCCAGGGUGCAGGCCUACAUGUUUCCUUGUAAAUGAUCAAGAGAAACUUCAUGCGUAGAAUCUCAGACAAUUCACAAUAAGAUGAAAACCAUGGCAAAACUCAGAAACACAAAAAAGGUUGGUUGCAGUGGCACAAAAUCCAAAAUGUUUCUCUGGACUGGUCAAACAAAACUCAGGGUCUAUCAAAAUGAAGGAAACAGUAAAAUGUUGAGUAAAAACGCAACAUGUCAUGUUGCCAUCUAUCAAGCACGGCAGUACUUCUGUUCUACUUUGACCGUGUCAUGUGGCUGCCAUUGUAACUGGCACAUAUUGACAUUUACUGACAUUUAUUGAGGAUUUCUUUGCUGACAAAAGCAAAAGGUUGAAUGCAGAGGUCUGAUUAAUUCUUCAAUCUUACAUGUUCAGCACUAUGUUUAAAGGGUUUUAGCCCCCUAACAGUUGUUUCUAUGCUUGUGUAAGCCGAUUCAAAGAAAAUGUAUGCCUUGGUGUUUUAAUCUGCAUUCAAAAUUUCAUUUCAAAUAAGAAGUAAUGGCCAAGAGUCCGAAGAAUAGAUAAUGUAUUACUGUGUAAAUAAUUAUGGCGUGGACUUCACAUCUGUUGAAGAGGCAGCACAGUAGAGUCAAUGGAAAUAUUGGACUCAUUCACAGUUUUUCGCUGUAGAAAGCUAUUAUUCUGGGCAGAAAGCAAACAUUUUGGGGAUAACAAAAAUACCUUUUAAGAUUCAGCAAGCAGCAGUGAAAGAUAACAUUUUGCAACUUGCAGUGUUUUGCUUACAACAUGCACCGGCCACAUGUGUGGAGAGCUGCUGUGUGUUUUUGUGUGGCAAUUCAGAUGUGGAACAGCAUCUCCAGUCUGAUACUGACACACUCACUUACUUUACAGUUGUUGGUUUUUUUCUCUUGUCUCUUUGGAUUUAUACUUUUUAGUGUCAGUCAGUAUUGAGUGUGCCUUUUUUACCCACUUAGGAUUUCUUUUUAACUUAUGUAAAAGUGUCUCUCAUAUGAUUUUGUGCCACGAAGAAUUUGCAUAUUUUUGGCCCACCAUCUAUCAACUCUGUAUAUAGGCAGUCAGGCUGCACCUAAAAUUUGCUUUAUGUCUUGACUGAAUACAGGUCACGUCUUUUCCUUUUCCUUUCCAGAAGUUUGAGAUUGAGGUUGAAUUAUGUAAAUUGAUGCCUACAAUGAGUUUAAAUUUUGGAGUGAAAGCUAGGUUUUGGUUUGGUUAAAGUUGGCUUAAAGCUGAUGUAUGCUGCAUGGUGCUGCCCUGGUCGCUGUGUGCUGACCUAAAGAAUGCAUGGCUCAACCUGAUGAUACCUCUCCGUUUCUAUCCUGCUCUUCCUCCUUCUCCUCAUCCUCACUCUGUGCUCUAUAAUACAUCAGAGGGCAGUGGGUGGAAGGGCUGUCCGUUUCUUUGAAUUUUAAUAAUAGCCCUCUUGUUAAACUUCUAUUUGCACGAUAUUUCAUAAAACACAGUAUGUGCCUUGCCUUUAGUUAAAGAACAAUAAUACUUUAUAGAAAAGUUAUCAUACUUUUCAUGGUACAGCUGAUAGCACUUACAAAAGAACAAAAAAAAACUGCAUGUGUGAUUGCUUGGCAUUAACCACUUUAACAGGUACACAGUUUUAGGUUGUGGCAGUGUGCCAACUAAGAAACUAGUUUGAGUGUAAGUGAAGGCCCUCAUUAGUUUCAGCAGAGACUGGGACAGUAUUUAUCUUUCAUUGAGCUAAAGACAAAGGAGUUGUUUUUUUGUUUGUUUGUUUUUUUUGCAGUGUGAAAGGAACGAUCUGAAAGUUUUGGAAGUAAACUGAAUUGCUGUCCCAUGGGAGAGACACUCAUCAUUUUAUUCCCUUGUGCAGCAGUUUACAGACACUCAGCCCAUUACACACACACAAUGCAAACACGUUUUGCCCAGCUUUCUAUGAAGCUAGCCUAAACACAGCCCUUACAACACUGAUAUUAACUCAAGCCCAAUUAUUCCUUUGCCUUUCAUUUUUGUUCUUUUAUUCAUAAUAUGAAGUCGCUAUAUAUAAAGGAGGCAGAUCGAUAACUGUUGCAAGGUUGGCACUGAAGGUUUGUGAUCCCACUCCUUUUACAAAACCUUCUUAUCAUGUGACUCCUAUACUAAAUUAUAUAAACGUACAUGUCUUUUAACCAAAAUGAAAUGUUCCUGCAUAUGGUUAUAUUAUGGCUACUUUUGAUUAGAAAAUUGCAUUUUGCAAAGGUUAAAACAUUGGUUCAUAAAGUAUAGUCUCUCAGUAAGUUAAUCCUAAAUGUUAGCAAUACAAACAAAAGCCAUUUUCAGAGAUGCUGCACAGCUUUUACCACAUCAUGUUUAAUAUUCAGUGAUAAAUACAUGUCAAUAUAUUUGAUAGUACUUGUUGCAGUUACAGGUAUUUCACAGUAUUGUGAAUAUUUUGUCAGACAUUUAACUAUAGUGGCACUAAUCCAGUUUUAAGGAGACAUAUUAAACAAGGUCAGGUUAAGACUUGCAGGUUCUGCGGCUCCGUGACUGACAUUGAGAACACCAUCCAUAUGCCUGUAUGAUGACUUUGACAUUGUGAUCCAUCAUGUGAUAAGAUACAACAAAAGGCCAUAGAUGACACUCACUUUUAUAUAGUUGCAUGCACUUAACACUAUUUUAAUAUAAGUUUGACUUUUAUUUUUUUUAGGUAUUCCUUAAGUUGUCAUUGUUAGGUUGCUUGUAGGAUUAUAGCUUUUAACACAGCAAUGUGUAUAAAAUAUGUACAACAUAAACUUAUAAAGAAGAGGUAUGAAAUGUUAAAACUGUUGUGUUCUCCAUUUUAAUUAAACUCUCUUAAAUUCAUGACCAAGUUGCAGGGUGAGAGAGCCCAUGAAAUGGGACAAAUUGUAGAUGGAUCAGUAGAAAAGACUAGCAAUAUGAUGACGAAUGAUGAGUAAAAAUGGUAACAGAAGAGAGACAGUCUUGGUCAUGAAGUAAAGUAAUUUAUUAAUUACAAUGUACGCAAGGUGUAUACCUCUCUGAAGGCUGCACAAUCCUCUAAAUGUGCUAUUUUAAUAAGAAACACUGUUAAGAAAAAUCUAUGAAUGACUGUGUCACAAGCACACAGUCACGACAAGUCAUAAACACCGAUGUGUUGUUUUGUUGUUGUUGAUGUUGUUAUCACAGUUGGUCCAAAAAUACCUGGCCACAUUUCAGCUACAUAACCGAAACAUACUUGCUUUGAUCCACAAAAGUUGAUUGAAAUGUGUUCAGUAGCGUAGGAUCAAAAACAUAAGCUGGUUGGCAGAAAUAACAAUACAGACCUUUAUAUCUACUGAAGAGCAGCAGCAGCUUUGGGUAACGUUGAUUUUACUACUGUCUUUAAUGUAAAUCUUGAAGGCAAAUGGCUAGAUUAUUGGGUAUCAGGCUUACUGUUAAUAAUUUCAUAUUUGUAAUAACUCUCUCAAUUAAAGAUAUUGGGACUGGAGUCACUCCUUAAAUAGCAUGAAAAUGCUGGUGGGUCAGUCUGCCUCAGUACCCCACACCAGACCAUCAUGAAUUCAGCACAUUUUUUAAGUGUUACAUAUUGAUUGAGUUGACCAUGUGUAAAAUCUGGGAUCAUAAAUAACAUUGGUUUUUGAGUUACAAAAAAAAUCUUAAAGAAAGGCGGGUUCAUGUCCAUUUUUGGAUUGUUUUCUUUGCACCAAUCUAUAGAGCAAUAUUUGAAGUGCCAUAACUUGAGAAAUAAUGUAGCUAGAGUCCUGAAAUUGAUAUAUACAUCUGGUAUUCAAUGGUACAACCUUUUGAUAGAAUAAUACAAACCAGUUAUUUGAUGGUGCUAAUUUGGUCAAAAUAUGUCCAUGUUUUUUUUCACCAUCCACAAAACCUGCAUUGUUCAGUCUAAGAGGCUGAUUUUUCUCCCUGUCAUUGGUACCAGUGGGAGCUUUAAAAAUUAGUAGAGAGUAUGGUGCCAGUCAAAAGCCUACUUUAAGAGACGAAAAAUAUCGAAAUCACAUUUUUUGCAUUUAAGGCCAAUAUUUCAACAUGCAUUGAGCAGGUAUAAUCGGUGAAACCACGCCAACAGUAGUCCCAAGAGUUCAAUAUAUUGUUAAUGUGCUUAAAAAAAAAAAAAAAAAUCAUAGUUUUACAACUCAUAGUGCUUCAGAUAAAUUUAUGAAAAGUCAUACCAUAAGUAAUUUCAUCAGUUUAUUAUCUAUAUAUUUUUACUUUUUUUUGAUCAAGAUCUGCUUUAACUCAUUAUAACCUUGCUAGCAUUUUUAAAAAAAUAAAUAGUCAACUCAAUCAAUAUUCAUCAUUAUAUAUAUUUUUUUUAAAACUGUCAAACUGAAGAUAUCAGGAGUGAACUUUUUUUUAAAUUUGAUGAAAUGAGGUGGAAUGAUAAUGAUACAUCUAAGUACUGAUAAAAACAGUAUCUGUCUUAAAAUGUUUAAACAUUAUGCACAGAAUUACUCCAUGAUUAGUCCAUGACUGAUCCUAAGUUGUGACAUGGCUGUCAUUAGGUGUUGAUUAUUAGUAAAUAUUCUACAGGAAUGAAAGUGAGAGAAAAGUGACUUUUGGAUCUCUCUGGUUUGAACAUUCCGGGUGUACGGGGUGGACACAACCCAUCCAUCCAUUAUCUAUACACCGCUUAAUCCUCAUUAGGGUCGCGGGGGGGGCUGGAGCCUAUCCCAGCUGACUCGGGCGAAGGCAGGGGACACCCUAGACAGGUCGCCAGUCUGUCGCAGGGCUACAUACAAAGACAAACAAUCACUCUCACAUUCACACCUACGGGCAAUUUAGAAUGAUCAAUUAACCUCAGCAUAUUUUUGGACUGUGGGAGGAAGCCGGAGUACCCGGAGAAAACCCACGCAUGCACAGGGAGAACAUGCAAACUCCAUGCAGAAAGAUCCCGGGAAAGCCGGGACGCGAACCAGGGACCUUCUCGCUGCAAGGCGAAAGUGCUAACCACCACGCCACUGUGCAGCCGGACACAACCCAGUAAAGACAAAAAUCUACAACCAAAAUUUGGAUUGAAAUCACCUCUCUCCUACAGUAGAACAAGUUUUGCAAGAUGUGAAAAGGUUAAGGAUACUGUAUGGCAAAUAUUGUGGAUUACAGUUACAGCUUUGUGGUUCUUUGCCUCUUUCAGCUGAUGACCAAGAUUUUGAAAUUUUAUUCUGAAAGCUUUUCACUAUUUACCUCAAGCUUUACAAUUUAAAUUUUCCCUUGUAGAGAAAAUGUUUGCACUGUUUAAAGGCAGAUAGCUUGAAAGAAGUGUAGUUUGGUCAUUUUUUUGUAUGUAAGCCUCUUGGCUUUCAGGAUAAAGUGUGAAGUAGUGUGGAUCCCCUUCAUUUUUUCUCUCUAUAUUGUUCUAUUACUGACAAACAUCCUGACAACAGAAAAGUCUCAAAGAAAGCAAAAUAGCAGCAGUUAUACCCAGCCUGCUGAAUGGAUAACUAAUCUACAGACCUCUGAAGAUGUGUUAGCUGUCCUCACUCAGGUGAAAGUGUUUUAAGCUUGUGUGAUGUCUACAAAAUGUAAUAGACAUAUUUCAUUUUCACAAAUAAAAUACCACAACCAAACAAAAACUCCCCAAGACAUUGAUGUUAAUUCAUUAACAAUAACAGAAUUUGCUAUGUUCAGAUUAUUUGAAAAUCCCCAAACUCAAGUCGUUUUCUGUCUUCUUCUAGGGUGUGCACAAUGUUUGGCAUUUAAAUGUUUCACUUUCUCUGCUCUUUUCAAAUAAACCAGCAGGUUAACAGCAACUAAAAGGACUACCAAAAAUACAAGCCAAAAAACAAGCAUUGAUUGUCAUUUUGGUGCUUGGUUAAUUUGAGGUGUUUCUAAGCAGCACUUUGCUGUACAGACUGUAUCCUAUACUACAUGACUGUGCAAUAACCAGUGUGGGUCCUUAGAUGACAAGCCAUAAAAGACAGACCUCUUUCAAGGUUGCACUUGAAAUUAAUCCAAGUGCAGCUAAAGUGCUAAAAGCUUUUUAGAAAGGUCAUUGUAGUCACCAAAUGAGCGGCUUAUAGAAACAGCUAACAGUUUCUUGCAUUAUGUUGUCGUGAUCCAGUGUCUUAAUGAUGAGUUUCUUUAUCUGAUUUGUUUUUAACAUCACAUAAUGAUUUCAUAAACUUUUUUGUGGAAGAUAUUUUGACAAAACCCAGAAUGCUGGUGAUGUCUGAAUCAGUUGCUGAAAUCCAGAAAGGCAUACUCCAAUUCCUUCUUUUGUUGCUGUUGUCAUGUCAGACAGCUUUCACUCAGCUGUUUGAGAAGGGCUUAAUCUUUAGUCAUCUCUAAUAGUUGUAGGCUUCAGAGCUGAAAUGCAAAUAAUCAGUUCACACACCCAUUAUACACUGAUCAGGCAUAACAUUAUGGCCAAUAUCACAAGUGGAGUGAAUAACGCUGAUUAUCUCUUCAUCAUUGGUACCUGUUAUUAGGUUGGAUGUAUUAGGCAGCAAGGGAACAUUUUGUCCUCAAAGUUGAUGUGUUAGAAGCAGGUAAAAUGGACAAGCGUAAGGAUUUGAGCCAGUUUAACAAGGGCCAAAUUGUGAUAGCUGGACAACUGGAUCAGAGCAUCUCCACAACUGCAGCUCUUAUGGGGUGUUCCCAGUCUGCAGUGGUCAGUAUCUAUCAAAAGUGGUUCAAGGAAGGAACAGUGGUGAACCUGCGACAGGGUCAUGGGUGGCCAAGGCUCACUGAUGCACGUGGGAAGGGAAGGCUGACCUGUGUGGUCCAACAGAUGAGCUACUGUUACCCAAAUUGCUGAAGAAGUUAAUGCUGGUUCUGGUAGAAAGGUGCCAAAACAGUGCAUCACAGUUUGUUGUCUAUGGGGCAACAUAGCCGCAGACCAGUCAGGUUGCCCAUGCUGACCCCUGUGCACCGCCUAAAGCACCAACAAAGGACACGUGAUCAUCAGAACUGGACCACAGAGCGAUGGAAGACGGUGGCCUGGUCUGAUAAAUUACAUUUUCUUUUACAUCACAUGAAUGGCCGGGUGCAUGUGCGUCACUUACCUGGGGAACACAUGGCACAAGGAUGCUGGUGCUUAGUAAUGUCAGUUGUAUUAUAUUCACAACACAAUCGCAUUAAUUCUGAACUCCAUAUAUCAUAUUAUCGAAACAAAUAACGUGCGGCAAGAGACAGUUUUGAAUAUAAUACAUUACAUGGCUUGAAGGAUACAUAAACAGGAAGUAAUGUGUACAUAUUAUUCACAGAUUUAGGCUUUGAUUCAGCAUUGUUUCAGGAUUUAAGUUGUUUAGGAACAAUCUGUUAAAUAAGUAUUAACAGGAACAAAUCAUUGUGUACUGGUUAUUAGCAUAUAUGAACUAAUGUGUUAUAUAUUAGUUCCAUAUUGACUAUUUUUUUGUGUAUUUAGUUAUUUAUGCAUCAAUUAGCACUUCCUAAGAUAAGUAUUUACAAAAUUAUGUACCUUCCAGAUACAGUUUAGUGUUGAUCAAGAUACUACUGGUCCCACUUGAUGCUGCAGAGUUGGAAGAACCAAUCUGAACACAGCUGAAGCUGCUAAGCUGAUAGGACUGUAUUUUUGCCCUGAUGGCUGACUGAACAAUCACAAGUCACACUAAAGUUUGUGGAAAUAUGCACAAUAGUUAAGGUGAAUUUCUAUAAAAGUACACUAUCAGUGAUGUAGUAUAACAUAUAAAAAAAAGUAUUUUAGUCUUAAGUUCCUUCUAGGUUUUCCUUUACUUGGUGGUACAAACCAAGUGCUGUGAAGACCACAGUCAUUGUCCAAUAGCUUGUAAUAAACAAACACUGUCUUUGGGCAACUCUUUUUAAGAUACAUCACACAAGAGUCACAACUGCUUUUUGAUUGUGAGAAGGGGGUUCUGUUUAGCAUGGUGAACAGUUGCACAGCUGUGACUAAACAGUUGCAUUGCUGGCAGUGAUUCCUGUUUUCUAGUUUAGCAGCUGAAUUUGAUCUGAUCUUUGAAUGCUGUGUGAGACUGCUGGAUAUCUAAACAAUUAGAUCUUGGUUUUGAGGAAAAUAUUUUCACAGAGGGCUCUUUUCUAUUAAUUAUGUGAUUCAACACUCUACCUUAAAGCUGCUGCUGCCUGAAAACCUCCAGUUAUUUGAUAACCCCAAUAUGUUUCUUUUUUGCUGUUUCUUACUUAAAUUACAACUUGCUUCUUUAUUUUUUAACGGUCCUUCAGAAUCCUUCUUGUAGUCCAGAGUCGCAGCAGAUUGGAAAAUGUACUUAAUUACCGAUAAUCUGAUUGUAGAACUGCAAAUUUUCCUGUGCAAGUGAUGCCAUACUAUGUCAUUUCUGUAUCUUCAGGUACAUUGCUACUGCACAGUUUGUGUGCACUGACAGUUUGCAAUGACCGAAAGUGUUGAUUCUUAGAGAUCAUCUGUAUGUAGUCAAGAUUUUUUCCAUCAUGACUUUUGAGAUACAAUAGUAAAGGAGUGCUUUACUUUCUUCCAGAUAUGUAUCCCUUACAACAGAGAGCAUAGGUAUGAAUGGAUUCCACCAGUUAUUACAUGAUCACAGUCCACAGGCCUUUUUGAUACAUAAGUAAUUGCAUAGUAAGUAGUAAUUAUUUGUUUUAAUGAAGUCUGGAGUAACAACAAUAUUGCUUAAUUUAGUAAGAAAUAAUUCAUGAGGUACUCCAAAACCUGAAAAUAACAGACAAGGUUGUGGUGACGCAGAGCAGAGUCCACUUCCAUGAGUCUUUUAUUGGCUAUAUUGAAUAUCUCUGAAUUCAUUAUUACCUAUGUUGGUCACAUCCUUACAAACACAUUAAAGUAACCCAUUAGCACUAUUGCUAUGGUUACUCAUAGUAUAGUCUCACAAAGGACUAUACCAGAACUUUCUUGUAUUAUUUGACUCAGUGACCUAUCCUGAAAUACUGUUUUCACACCAGCCAAUGAGAAAUGUUCAAAUGGCAUACCAAUAUAAGAAAAUAAUAGUUGAGCUAGAGGUAACUGUAUUAUGUUCAAGAUUAGGAGAGCUGAAGUGCAAACAUUAACUCAGACCUACAUGUUUACUGUGAAAAAUGGCUGCAGUUCUGGACUGGAUGUAAUUUGUGGCAGCUUUAAUAAGACUCUUAAGCACUUAAGUAAAAAUUGCAAGGUCAAUUUUUCUGCAAAUGUCAAAUAUCAGCCUUUCUUUGCAUGUUGUUCGCAAAAGUUCUGGACUUCCCUGUGGUUGGAGUUUCUUUUCCUGUCUGAAUGUAUCAUAGUUUGAGUGAUAGCAGUCUGAAACAGUGUUUUUGAACUAUUCAUCUGUUGUGGAGGAUAUUAACAUCUUUUGAACCAUAUUUAGCCAUUGCUAAUCAAAAAAUUCGAAUGAAUUCAUUACUUGAAAUGAAUAUGUUCCCUAUGCAAAAUAUACCAUUAAUAAACAAGCUAUACUGCAACUCA